GCGACCCAGAAAGGAUCCGUCAUUCAAGAAAUGGCAUGCCGAUCCGCCGGGGGGCCGGACGGCGCAAACCCCCUCGGUCACCGGAUCGGCGGCAGCUGCUCGGCCCCCUCGGGUGCUAUUUUCACCCCAGGAUAAAGUGAUGGGCAGCCGCCGCCCGCCCCGCACGGCCCCAGUAGCAGCAGAGGCACCAUGAAGUCCACCGGGAGCGACAGGAGCGGCCAGCCCGACGGCUUCCCGUCCGACCUGGACGACCUGGAGAGCGGCAGCGGCAGCGACAGCUCCGACGACAAGUCCACCGGCGGCGGCUGCAGCCCCGUGACGGUGUCGGCUCUCGGCGGAGGGCACCGACCCGGAGCGCCGCGGCGGAGGAGGAGGCGGAGCGCAGGAGGGGGAAAGGACGCGCGUCUGGCGGGCGUCAGCAAACAGCGGCAGGCGGCCAACGCGCGGGAGCGGGACCGGACCCACAGCGUCAACACCGCGUUCACGGCGCUCCGCACGCUCAUUCCCACCGAGCCCGCAGACAGGAAGCUGUCCAAGAUCGAGACGCUGCGCCUGGCCGCCAGCUACAUCUCCCACCUGGCCAACGUGCUGGUGCUGGGGGAGGACUGCCGCGACGGCCAGCCCUGCCUCCGCUACCACAGCCUCCUGCAGGGCCCGGCCGCCGGCCUCAGCGGCUCCGCCCUGCGGCCCAUCUGCACUUUCUGCCUCAGCAACCAGAGGAAACUGCUCAGAGACGGUGGGAAGCACUCGGCUGCUGUGUGAAGCGCCCCGGACCCCAGGCCCCAGGCCCCGGACCCCAGGCCCCGGCGGGGAGCCCCUCUGUAAUGUUUACAUGCAGACGCAUCGUACGACUGUAGGACUUUGUAAAUAUUUAUCUGCAGUUUGCCGAGAUAGAAGAAGAGGAAGGAAAAACUGAAAUGCACUUUCUGUUCACGUUCGUGUGCGUCUGAUCCUCUGUGUUUUGGUUGAGCUGUAACCUGAGCCGAUGUGUAAAGUUGCACCUGACGGGGUCUAUUUUGGUAGCACCAAUAGUACGACCACCCGCCACCCCCCAAACACACACACACACACACACACACAGACCUCCACCCCCCCAAACUCAGGCCAACUCCUAAAAAAAAAAAGCCUUGUCGCCCUCGGUCACAUGACGGUGAAGCGCAGAGCUGUCGCUGUCAGUUGAGUUGUGUUGUGCUGCAUUCAGGAGCUGUAGGAAAUCACACUGCGGCAUUAUUUCCCUACCAUUUAAAAGGGGCAUUAACGAGUCUACUCCCUCUGCUGGUUGCUGGUAGGCAUUGCAGCAACAGGACAUGUUCGCGCAUUUAUUUAUUUAUUUUUUUAAUUAAAAAACUUUUUUUAUCCAAGAAUUUUUUUUUGAAAGUCAUGUAUUUCAAAUCCACAUGAUCCACUGUGUAGAUAAAACAGCUGCAGAGCAAGGCUAAUGACUCCCAUAGAUUUUAAGUCUUUAUGCUAAGAUAACAGGAAAUGCUACCCAUAGAAAGUGAACGACUGGACGUCCAGAG